CAACAAUUACCUCAUCAGCCCACACUACAAAUACCCACCACAUUCCCUCUCUAGGGUUCUUCCCCUCUCCCCAAAACCCUAAAAAAAGGCAAGGAAAAAUGAAGACAAUCCUCUCCUCCGAAACAAUGGACAUCCCGGAGGGCAUCACAAUCAAAAUCAAAGCCAAAGUCAUCGAAGUCGAAGGCCCCAGGGGCAAACUCGUCCGCAACUUCAAGCACUUGAAUCUCGACUUCCAGCUCAUCACCGACGAAACGACCGGUCAGAAGAAGCUCAAAGUUGAUGCUUGGUUCGGCUCUCGCAAGACCACUGCUGCUAUUAGGACCGCUCUGAGUCAUGUCAAUAAUCUCAUUGUGGGGGUUACUAAAGGAUAUAGGUAUAAGAUGAGGUUCGUUUACGCUCAUUUUCCGAUUAAUGCGAGUAUCGGUGGCGCUGGAAAUGCUAUUGAGAUUCGUAAUUUUCUCGGCGAGAAGAAGGUGAGGAAAGUUCAGAUGCUUGAAGGGGUUUCAAUUACCAGGUCUGAGAAGGUGAAGGAUGAGAUCGUGUUGGAUGGUAAUGACAUUGAACUUGUUUCCCGAUCUGCUGCUUUGAUAAACCAGAAAUGUCAUGUCAAGAAAAAAGAUAUCAGAAAGUUUCUUGAUGGUAUCUACGUCAGUGAGAAGGGAACCAUAGUGGAAGCAACUGAAUAAAUGUUUUUGUAGCUUUUUAGUCACAACUAUAUCUUGUAGACGGAAUUAUUUGACCAGGGCGGAAUUUUUUUUUUGAGCUUUCAUAUUUUCAUUUUGAUUGUAUGAAAUCUGAGAUUUUCAGUUUAAAACUAAAUGAAUUAACUAGCUUCAGAUAGUAA